AGCUACAACCCGGCAAGAAGAGCUUUGAUUCUUUCUUCCUAAGUCAUUUUCUCGUUUUAUAUUAAUAAUUGCUUAAUUAUUUUUUAAUAACCGAUUGUUUGUUUGUCAACGAAAAGACUAAUACUGUUGUUAGCGUCAACACUCUGAAAACAUACGCGGAAAACCAAAAAAGCACUAUACCAUGGGCGCUCUAAGACGAAUACAUAUCUCAAUUUUAUUUCCAGUCCGGGAGAAGAAGCAGUACUUCUCUAUGUCGGACUACUACUGCUAUUUACAACAGCAACCACUACACCCGAAACUUGCUGAUGUUGGUGCGUACAUCAGUCACGUACAUUAAAACGAUUUAAAAUUUUAUUUUCAUUGACAAGUAUAAGAAAGAGAAAAAAAAUAGACACAGAAAAGAAGUAAAAAAAAACGAAAAAACUGUGGUCAAAAACGUUAAUUCCUUCAGUUAAUUAGAUAAUAUUUUUGUGAAUUGAGAGUGAUAAGAGCAGUGUUUCUAAUUUCUCUCUUUCUGUUCCCCUGGCUGGUAUUUUCCUUGUUGAAUAACCUCCAUGUUUUCAUUGAGGUAUUAUAUACAUUUGUCAUGUUGGCGACUAGUUGCACACCGUUACCAAUAUGACCAAAAAUCGCUACCGACAUUCUUGAGAUGGCUUUAGCCUCUCGCUGUUAAACUGUAUUAUAUUCCCUCCCCAUAACAUUACGUUACCAAAAACUCUAAAAACCAAAACAUAACAGCCGACUCCCUUAUAAAGAGAGAAGAUGAAAAAUUCUAUAUUGCCAAACCCGAGAAUGUCUUGCAAGAAUUGGCCGAUAGUUCUGUUGGUGAUAUGUGCAUCUUUAAUGCACAUAGAAGCUGGUGAACCAGCUUCUCAUCUUCAGAUAAUGAGGGACCUUCCAAGUUCAAUGCGGAAAGACAUACCUAUUCCAAUGUUUAUACGAAGCAAUUAUAAGGGAGCAGUGCAUUUUCAGGAAGGCAAUGAAUUUGAAGUUCUCAUCAACAUCACUGCUCCUACAGUAGAAGAUGCCUAUUCUGUCCAUAUUGAGCUUGUUGAAUAUAAAGAGGGACUUUUGCUUCAGUUGUAUCAAAGACCACUGAAUGGACAUGUGCCUGGUCUAAAAUGGGUUUUCCUAACAGUAGGCAUUUCUACUAUGAUAUCAUUCUUCUUUGCUUUGAUUUGUGCUAAUUCAUGGAAUAAAUCCCAGGGGUUUUUAGAUGUUAGUGGUCAGCCUACAGAAUGCUAUGAUAUGACACAGCAGCCCAUGAUGUAUAGAUCCCGCAACAGUAUGUAUUUAGCAUCACAGGGUGGUGACCUACCUCUUCAUGCUGAAGAAGAAGCUGACAACAAUCAAAAUGAAGAUACAUUAAAAGGUGUUCCGGAGAUGCCUGAGGAAGAAGAAGCCGAAGCUCUUAGAAUGGGUGGAGGUAUGCUACUACUUCAUGCAGAAGAAGAAGAAGCUGACAUCUACCAGAAUGAAGAUACAUUAAAAGGUGUUCCUGAAAUGCCAGACGAGGAGGAGGCAGACACUCUUAGAAUGGAGGAAUUGAAGAAAUCAGGAGCCUUUGAAGCUACAAAGGACUUAUCUGAUGACAGUGGUGGGGAGAGAGAUGAAGAAGAAACCGAAUUCAUGAAAAGUGAAUACGCAACUUUACCUGUUAGGGUUGAUUUGGCCUGGCCUGAGAAGAAAGGCAAUGGAGAUGAGGGCAUGGAGCAGUGUGACCUUUCUGAAAGCAGUUCAAGGACAUCAAUAAUUGAGCCAUCUAGUGAUUUUCAAGAAUUUCAGUCAGCAGCAAGCGAUGAAAGUAGAAUUCUGGUAACAGCUGCUGAAAUCCACAGUAAGGAUGGAACAAAACAGUAUAAAAGUAGAACAGCAGCUGAUUCAUCUGAUGCUUUUGUUAAUGUUUUAGUUAAGCCUUCUCAAAUCGAUACACCUAGCUUCAGUCCCACAGGAAAUAUUCAGCUUGCAGAUGAAAUUAGUACUUUGCCUGAGAGUGGACAGUCUUCAGCAUUUCGAAGUAGCAGUGACCCAAUUUUUGGAAAUGAAGCACAGAAAGUAUUUCUUGGAACCACAGAUACUACUGUUGAUGUUGAUCCUGGAAUUGAAGAUCCUUCACAAAUGUUUCCAAUGCCUAACCUUGAAGAAGUACAACCAGCAUCUUCAAUCACAUCCUCUGCUGAAUCAAAAGCAGCUUGGUUAUCAUCUAGUGUUUCAGGACAAGGUCAACCUCGACUGGCAACUUUUCGCCCAAUAUCUCCAAGAGCUGCGUCUCCUGGAAAGCUUGGGAGUCCUAUGACCCCUGAUUCUGGAGAUGAAACAAAUGGACGCUCUCAGUCAAACCAAUCUACUCCGAAACGUAGUAAAACUUUGUUAGGAGUUGCUCCGCCUCAAGUUCCUCCCAAAUAUCAGUCACUAAGGAAUUCCAGAGGUGCUGAAAGUCCUAAGGAGGAGCAGCCUGGUCAAGGUCAAGGUACCAGUAGUGGUAGUGUUGGAAGAAAACCUACAUCAGGAUCAAAACAUAUGUACUUGGCCAUCAUGUCCUGUAUGUGCUUACUUAGCCUUGCAGUUGGUGUUUACAGCUAUGGGAAUGAAAUUACUGAAACUGAAAUAAUAGUUACAGUAUCCACUCCAAGAAAUUUCCUUUUGAAUGAUUCUGCAAUAUUUUUCAGUAUGAAUAAAACUAGUGAUCUGAAAAUAUUCGAACUUCCUCUUAAAGUUACUUGGUUUGAGGUAAAAAAUCCAAUCCUCAUGAGCUACAACUCUGAUAUGUGUGAGUCCAGAUGGUGUGAACAAGGCUGUGAUGAGAACACAGGACGAUGUAUUUGUCGCAAAGGUUACAAACUAGAUCUAAAUGAAAAAUGUGCUGAUGUAAACGAGUGUUCAGAUGGUACAGCUCAAUGUCAUGCGUAUGCAGGUUGUCUAAAUACAAAAGGAAGCUAUCAGUGUGUAUGUAGUGGUGAAUAUUAUGGUGAUGGACAGUCUUGCCAAGAAUGUUCUGCACCAUGCGAAAAAGGAAUGUUUGAAGUGCAGCCAUGUUCAGAUAAGGAACAGAAAAUCUGCGAAGAAUGCACAAAGGACUGUGGAAAAGGAUAUUAUAUGCACCGUCAGUGUGGACUCACAUUUAAUGCCAAAUGCAGAAUUUGUGAUCCCAAAUGUGAACCUCACCAGUAUGAAAACAGCAGAUGUACAGGUCCACAGAACCGAAUAUGUAGAGAUAAAACAGAAUUACCCACAAUCCAAACAUCCAGUAAUGUUCUUAAAGAAGACCGCAGUAAAGUAAAAGAUGUUGAGCAUGAUGUCCGUUACUUGCCUGACAUGGAAUGGAAAUAUGAAAACACCUUUGAUCUGCAGAGAGGGUCUAAUAUGGCUGCAAAAAUAGAAGUUAGAAAACUGGAUCCAGUGCACAAAUUUAUGCCCAUUGACCAUUCUACUGUUAAUGAUAACCAAGCUUUUUACGAUCGCAGCAUCUUACAUAAGUAUUGUCCAUACCCAAUGCCAGCUCAUUAUCUCAUGGAAUAUGUAAUACAUAAAGAUGUGACAUAUGAAAUGGACCGAGGUGUGAAUACCAAUGAUCAGUUACUGUCAUGCAGAGGAUAUAAGCCAAUGGGACACUUUCCUGAUUUACGUCAGCCCGACCGUAGCUCCCUUCUUUGUGCCAAAAUUGGGCCUUUAGCCAAAAUGUUUGGCAUUGAGGAGGAACUCACUGAGAAGAUUACUGUUCGUGUUGAGAAAUCAAUUAGGAAAGACAGAAGAAGUGACGAGCUUCUAGAAUCACAUACUUGGAGCCAUGAGCUGGAAGAUCCGUCAAUGUGUGAAAAAAUGAAUAUGGCCUGUGAAAAUUGCACAAAACUCUGUGCUUGGCAACCUCCCAUUCAAAAAGAUGAUUGUAAAGUACUAGGGGAUGAAGCUGACAAUGGCUGGUCCCCUCGUCUCAGGGUUUGCUAUACCUGUUGUUUACAUACAAAGUGUUCAUCUAUAUGUGACCGGUAUUACAGCAGCCCUUGCCGACCUAAGAUAUGCCUAAAAGGUAGUGUUCUUGAAUUUAUUUUAAAACCUAUGUUUAAGGAAACUAUGUAUUGUCAUGUACACCCAACUGCUCAGAGGACGCUUCUGGAAGUGGACUUUGCCAUUAUGUAUGACGAAAGACUUUUAUACAAGGAAACUUUCCAGAUUGGAGCAAAACCCGAGUGGCUUAGAGAUGGUUCAAUGAACAACAUUGUAUAUAAAUUUCUUCAGAUAGAUAUCAGUUCUGGCCUUGAGAAGAUGCCUGAUAUAGUUGCCAUGGACCAAACAACAAAAAGCCUAAAGUCUGGAUUGCAUCGUAAAUCUGGCCAUAAUCUGGCUGGUUCUGUGGUACAAGGUGAUAAAUUAUUUAUCCAUCCACAAGAAGUGUUUGGAGUUAGCCUGCAGAACUGGGCUUUGCAGAAUUGUAGUCACGACAUCCUGGAGAAGUUGAUGAUGGUAUCCGAAAAGGAUGAACCAUAUAUUGAAAUGACUGAUGUUCUAACAUCCCAUAUCCGGGAUAACACAUACAUGAUUGUAAAUAACAGUGUCACUCCUAAGGCUAUAUUCCGUGUUCCACGUACGAUGUCUUUGCUGCAGUGGGUUGCUUCUUACGGAAGAAUUAAACAUGAUUCCCUAUCUGGUUCCAUUCAGCAUUCCUCUUCAAGAUGGGUGGUUAUGCUUGAGGGAAGUCUUGAAGCUUGCCCUGGAUUCUUUUCUGUGAAUCUCACUGACACAACAUAUUACGACCAGCCAUUGUUCCAAUAUGAUUUACUAGUGGAAUGUCCACCCCAUUUCCAGUUGACGUUCAGUAUACCAACUUCAGAUGCAGCAAAUGUGGAAAAAGCAUUCACGGCUUCCGUCAGGGAUGCAAAUGUCACAUAUCAUCUUACUAUUCACAGGCCUCCCCAAGACCCACCCGAGAAACAACCAAUAACAUCUGAAGAAGAAGCACCAGUUGUUGAUGAAGACGGAUAUGACAAGAAAAAUCCUUUCUUUUCAAGCAGUGGAAGUUUUUUCAUUCCAUUCAUUGCUUCCAUUUGUGGUGCUAUAAUAAUUCUCUUGUCUGUCGCUGGUUUUGGGAUUGUUGCAAGACAAGGUUGUAUAGAUGCAAAUGAGGUUUCCUUGUUCAACCAACGUCAUCUGAUGGUAUCUGUCAUCUACUUCUCAUGUCAAAUCUUCUACUCCACAUUGGUUACUCUUACAUCAUUCAUGGUUAUUAUAUAUGCCAUUAACAAAGAUCCCCUGAGCUUCCUGAGUCAAUACGAUCAACUAUCUAUUGUCAAAGCCAGCCUAACAAAGCUAGAAAUGACUGCAAUGAAGGUUUAUUUGCAGUCAGAGUUGGAACGUCAGCAUGCAGUAGCUAAUCAAACAAAAGGUAUUUGUGAAGAACAAAUGAAAAAAGUAGCACAAGGUCUCAAUGAGUUGAAGGGGAAUUUGACAAAAGAAGCCAAAAAAGUUAUGUCAAAAGAAAAUCUUAGUAACUUAAUUCGCAAUCACACACGCCGCGUCCUAGAAGAUUUCUUAGAAAGAAUAGUCGUUUACAGAGAUCGUCUCAAGAACUAUGUCCGGAUAAUACAGAAACGUUUACAAUUUGAUGUUAAACAAACUUACCAUAGUGUUAUGGAAAACCGAUGGUUAACGGGGGCUAAAUAUUUACAUUCUUCCAUUCAACAAAUAAGAGAAAAUUCGCACGAUCUUGCAACGCGUUCCUAUACAGAGUGGAUGCAGAUUGAACCUAAUAUUUCUAAUCUUGCUCUCUCUUUAUCAUUAUCUGUUCCCAAAUUGCCACGGUUUGAAGAAGUCUUUAGGGAAAAAGUUUCACCUACUAACACUUACACAGAACCACCUCAAAAUAAAUCAGGGCAAACAAAUUAUACUCGAAACUUAUGGUUUUAUACAGAACAUAAACAUUCAAUGGGUCACCGAAAUAUGACUGACUAUUCUCACAAAUCUUCAAAAAAAGGAGACAAUAACCAACUUUUCUACACUUUUGUUGGUAUUAUGGUCAUUAUUGAUGCAAUGUGGUUUUUACACCGAAUGGUAAAUAUAAUGAGAACAACCCGGCUCUUACUUUAUGGUUAUCCAGUCUAUGUUGAUUGCAGAGAAGGGAAAGAUCGGGGAUUACCAUCUCUGGAUAAUGCUCAUAGAAAACCCAGUUCAUGCUGUAAAUCUGCAAAGAAAAGAUGUUGUCAUUCUGUAAGCAAAUUCUUCUCAAAGAUUCUUAAGACAAUGUUUGUACCAAAAAUGAUAAUUAGCUUAUUAAUGGUACUUUUUAUAUACCUGACAUCUGCAUUUAGUGAGAAACUCUUUCGCAGAGAGUCCUUUCAAGCACUUGGAUACUACACAGAUAUUACUAGUCUUUUGGAGCUGAGUCGAGCUGACAUCAACAGCCGUAUCCGUAUGCAUGCAACUCAAAUCAACGCCAUGGAAUAUCCAAUGUUAGAAGCCUGGAUGAAUUCUUACUUAAAGAGACAUCUUUAUUUGCAUGAUGUGUAUCAGAAUUCUGUUCGAAAACUCUCCAAGACACAUAGCAUUACUUAUUGUGAAUACUUACAGAGGUAUUUACCUGAUGCCAAGUGUACUGUUAGAGAUUUAUCAGAUUUCAAAGUUGAAGUGAAAGGGUGUAAGUUCCCACCUAUUGAACCAAAAACAUACCAGAAAGUUGAUGACCAACAUUCUCGAGUUGCUGCUCGACAGAUGGAUAGUUUCCUGUAUGCUGUUAGAAAGAUGAUAUCUGACAGUUGCUUCAUUGUUCUUCUUUAUAUGUCAUUUAUCAUUCUUUGGGAUCUAACUAGCACUGUGAUUUGGCUCUAUGUGAAAAGGGCAGGAUGGAUCAGAUUGAGAGUUAUAUGUGAAACAGAUGAAAGACCAAUGGUACGAGACAAAUGAAGUAGAAAAAUUGAAGACAAUUCUAAUGUUAGUAGUCUGCGUAAUAUUUCAAGAAAUUAUGGACUUUCAUGUGAUGAACUUUGCAGAAAAAGUGACCUCUUAACCUAAAACCAGUUUGUCAUUUAAAAAGCUGGCAGAUAAAAUUCAACAGGAAACAUUUAAAAAAAAAUUGAAUUAUUUCGUUUUACACAACCUCUUUACUGCCAUCUUAAAUUAAAGGCCUUUAAAACUUUUGGGCUAAAACUUCUUAAAAAGAAGGAAUAAAAACAAGAAACAAAAUCUGGAAACCAUGGAAAUGCUCGAAAAGUAACAUCCACAAGUUAUUUUGUAAAACUUAAUAUCUGUAAGCAAUGAUGCUGUUCUCUAAAAAAAAAAAUGUUGAGCAAAUAUACUGAUGUUGAAUGAAAUUAAUGAUUAAGAAAUGACAUUAUGUAUGAUAUUCAAAUUAUACUGAUUUUUGUUGAAGUUUAUAUUUACUUUAUAACAACCACUGAAAAUAUGUUUAUGAGCAUGGGAUUUUACAUUUCUACAUAAAUAUAUGUAUGUGUGUGUGUAUGUGAGUUUGUAUACAUGCAUAAGAUUUUGAUAUAUAUACACACAAUAUCACUGGAAAAUUAAGCUUGAAUAUAUGAUGUAAAAAUGCCAACUUACCAUGUAUCAUGCAUAUGAAUUUAUUUGUUAAAUUUGUAAGAUAAAUGAUUAAAAAGGUGAGCGUAAACAACGAAUGAAAUUAAACUUUUAAACAGAUAAAUACAAAUAUUGAUAAUUGCUCAUAAAGAUUUAUCAAGGCAGAAAUUGUGAUUGUAUACAGGAUUUAAGCAUCAUUAUUCCAAAUGAUUAAUGAAUAUGUCUACUGCAAUGAGAAUAGAUAUUUUGGUUUAUUACAGUAAAUUUAUUUACAAAAGUGUUCAGUAUCAUUUGAACAUUAGGGAAGUGUGUUGGCAUAAUUGAUAGACAAUUGGACUAGUUACUUUAUGAUACUAUUUCAGUGCUCACUCUUCCUAUUUCUAAUCCUGCCAGGUUUGAAAUUUUCCUAUUAUACCUCUAUAGUCAAUAAAAUAUUUAGUGUUCAUAUGUAAAUCACUUUGCUCCACAAAAAUAUAAUUUAGCCAUAAAAAAUCUUUUGAAAUUAAUUAGGUGAAAACAAUGUAAAUUCAAAUCACACAGUUAUUGGAAGAAAGCUUUUGAAAAUUAUAUAUCACUGAAAAUUUACAUGCCUACAUAACAUUAAAUACAUAUAAAUUAUUUUACAUAUGUAGUAAAUUCACUUUUUUUUUUAGCAUUUUAUGUAAUAUGAUAAAUUUUCUAAACAUAAUAAAAUAUCUAUGAUUGUUAUUUUCAUAUUUUUCAGCCUAUAGAUUAGAUAACUCUUUAUAAAUUUUACAUGCUCAUCCUGAAUAGUGGAUGGCAUUAGAUAAGAAUUCCUCUUCUUAGUAAAUGUAACGAUAUCUGCAGGCACAGGAAAUUUAACAGAUACUCCUGAAAAGAUUAUCAUUGGUAGUUUAUGUGGUAAAAUCUCACCUUUAUGAAAAUCAAAUAUUCUUUCUUUUUAGUCAUCAUCACAUUGUUUCAAGUGUCACUAAACUCUUGGUUAAAUUUCUUUGAAAUAAGUUAGCAGUAUACUUUGAUAUGAAACUUGUCAGAAUACAUUUUUUUUCACUUAUAAGACUGCUGUCCCCCACUAUUAUAACUUAUCUUAAGAUACUUCAUUAUACAUAUAUUACCAUUAGAAAUGUGAGAUAAUUAACACUAUUUGCAGUCUUAAUUUAUUUAUCAAUUAUUAAUUAAGCAAUUAAAGAGAUUAUUCAUUUCCCCAAUACUCAAAUAUGUAAAAUUGAGUAUAUGGAAUUCAUAAUAAAGACCAAUAGAAUCCAAUAAUCUGUUGAUUAAUCACAUUACUGUUGUUAAUUUCUCAUUGCCUUUCUUUUUAAAAAGAUUCAAUAUAGUUUUAAUCAGUUUUUACUUAUAACUUCUUUAUUUUAUAUACAUAUAUAAAUGUUUUCUAUGAAAAGCAAUGUGAUAGUUUUAGCAAUAAAAUUUCAUUUUAAAUUGUGGAAUUCAAAUGCAAAGAAAACUUGUCUGCAGGUUCAAAUUAAUUUACUUACUACUUUUCACUUUCAGUAUAACACAGUUGCUAUACUGUAAGAAAUAUAUGUUGACUCAUCAUUUCAUUUAUAUAUAUAUGUGAUGAAAACCAUGAAACAGCCGUAUACUUUAUAGUUUUAAGUUUUUAGACCAAAGGUUGUGGUUUGAAUCUGUGAGGUGAUUCUGUGCUUUGAAACUUAUUUAUUUUAUAACAAAUUUAGAUAGUUUCAGUUGAGGUUAGUAUAUUUAUUACAAAACACAUACACACACGUGCAUAUAGUAUCUAUGGAUGUAGCCUUUUCAUAUAAGGGAAUUCUUCAAAAAAUGAUUUAAACAUAAGUUUAAUAUACUUCAGUCAUGAUAUAGCUUAAAGAAGUUUAUCUGUUACUCACACAUACAAAAUGUAUAAAUAUUCUAUUAUUCUUUAAUUAAUUUUUAUUUUGAUGUUUAAUAGAAUUUUUUACUACAGUUUUCAUAGACCAAACAAUAGUGUCAUUUGAAAAUAUGUUUUAUUCUUAGUGUUUUACUUUCCUAAUUGAACACUGUUUCAUAAGCUCUCAUUUGUGCAUAUAUUGCUGAACUGUCACUUGAUAGUUAAAUAAUGUUUAGAACAUUCCUUUUUUCUUUUUACUUUAACCAAUACUUUCACACAACAAGCAUUUAAUCAAACAUGAUUUGUAACUAUUGUUAUUGUCUGUUUCUAUUUGUAAGUGAUGGCUGCUGAAACAUUAUUUGACUGAAAGAGUUGUUAAUUCAUAAUGUCAGAGUAAUCAGGACCAUCUAGAUAUACAUACGUGUGUGUAUGUAUAUAUGUGUAUAUAUGUGUGUAUAUGUGUAUAUAUAUGUAUAUGUGUAUAUAUAUGUAUAUAUAUAUAUGUAUGUAUAUAUAUAUAUAUAUACACACACACACACAUGCGCACAUAUAGGAUAUUUGAAAGAUCAUGCAUAUAAUUUGUAUGUGUGUGAAGCUGAGUAAUGAAAGACUGAAUCAUUAACAGUAUACUAUGAAAUAUGAACUCUACUCAAUUUAUUGAGUGCUGUUUUCAUACACAUAAAUGUCCACAACAUACACUCAGACACCUCUCAUGUGCUUGUGUGUGUAUUAUAUCUGUAUAUGUAAUAUUACAAUCUCGCCAAACAUUUUAUGUUACCUUCAGGCAUUUAUAGUUAUUAUACUGGAAAAUACAUAUAAACUGGACAUCAUUUUUAUUUUAGAUAUCUUCCUAAUUCAUGUGGAUAUGCAGUAUUUUAUAUACUGUAUUGUUAUUGUUAUCAUCAAUAUUUGUUUUCUAAAUUUAUUGGUUUGAAUUGAUUUUAUCAAAUAUUUCCUUUUGAAAUAGAGGAAAUGUGUUAAUGAAAGUGUAAUAAUGUCCUGUUAUAAAAUGUAACACGAAGGGUGUUGUAUUAAAAUGUUUUUAAAAGGAAUCCAUGCUGAAAGCUUAAGUCAGUUCUUUUUUAUUGAUGCAAAAGAUACUAGUUACGAUUGAAUGAUCGAAAGCUGCAAAUUACCUAUAAGUAUUUUACAAGAUAUGAAGUUUAUGUUUUUCUUAAAUUAAAAUUUUUCUAGUGUUAUAAUACAAUUUCAUCAAAGCCAUAUUCUAUUUAAAUUCCAAGCUGAGAUUUGGUUUCAUAGAAUUCAUGCCUUGUGUUAAUGGAAAAUAUAUGACAAUGAUUGUCUUGCAUUAACUUAAAACCCCACGUUUUCAUCAAUUUCAAUUACAUAUACAUCUAAUCAGUUAAUUUUAUAUCUAAUAUUAGUAUCACUAACAUUAUCCAUUAGACAUUUUGUUAAAUUAGUAGAAUAUUGUUUGGUCAGCAAAUUCAUAUUUUUUGCUCCAGUCACAAGAUUAAAGUUGCUGUGUAGCUAUAUUUUUUACUGUGGGUCUUUGUAACUUCUAUAAUGAACUGCAAUAGGUAUCAUUUCCUCUCUGUUGAAGUCUAAAACUAAAGGGGUGGCAACCUCAAAAUUAUGUGUGGACAGAUCUACAUAAGCUUUCAUUGCAGUUGUAACCAAAAUAUAGUUAUUGUGGUAGGAAAGAUGUAUCAGUUCUUUAUAGCAGAAAGAAGACAUGUUAAUAUGUAUAACAAUAAAACUGCUAACUUGUCUACUAAAGAAUGUUUUGGCAUGUUUCUCAUAAGUGUUUAGAUGUCUUUUUGUUUUGCAUAUUACUUUUUAAAAAAUAUUUAUUUUCAAUCAUGCAACAUCCAACUAUUAUUUUUAACACUUUUUUUUGUUUUCAUUUCAUUCUAUAACAUUAUAACAUCAAAAAAUUCCAUUUCGACUGUUUGCAUUAAAUUUAAAUACUAGCGAAAAUAACGACUAAAAAAAUUUGCUUUGAAAUAGGACUUAAAUAGUUGGCUUUGCAUAAGAUUUUGUGUUUCCUUUUUUUUAAUAUUAAUUUUUAGAAAGUUGGCAGCUAUGCAAUGUCUCUUAUUUUUUUGUUCAAAACAUGUAAAAAUGUUGGUAUUCCUAUAUUAAUACUCUGUGUUAUUGUAUAUGUAUAUAUAUAUGUGUAAUAUAUAUAUAUAUAUCUUCAUUUGUUAUUGGUUUCAAUCAAGUAUUAGGUAAAUGUUCAUGGGGGAAAAUUUUGAGAGCUAGAAUGGGAAAUUUACAGAAUCUGAAACUGUUAUUUGUUAAAUCUGUUUUUAAAGUGUGAAGAUAAACAUAUACAAAUGUUGUUUUCUUUUAAAUUUUAGUUAACGAUAUACUAUAUGGAAAUUGAAAUUUAUUUUCUUGAUUCCAUAUAUUUUUCCUGUUUUAAUGAAAACUUUCUGGGUGUUCUCUCACUGUCUUAUAAUAUAUAAAAAAAAUGAAACAUGGCGACCAUAUAUAUAGACCACACGAAGUUAUACAUAUCUUGUAACAAAAUAUGGAAGUGCAUGCAAUAUUAAAUCAUUCUGUUAAUGCAAAAAAGGAGUUCUCUAAUACACU